UAGUACUAUCGAGUGGGGGGAGUAGAAGAGAGUAGAGUCCAGCAGAGAGAGAUGGCGACCUCAAGAGUUGUGAGCAUUGUUGUUGUGGUGGUGGUGUUAGUGAUGUGCGUGAGUAGUGCAUAUCACGCCAUGGGUGCUUUGACACCACAAGUGCAGAAAGCAAUCGAUGCGGCUAACCGCGGAGGACCCUAUCUUGGUUUGGUCAUCCCAAACUCCUUCGAGCUCGACCCUCUUCUUCAGUCUCCUAACUACACUGCUUCCCAGUUGGUCAUUGAUUUUGCUGGGAGGAGAUUUCGGUUCGGAUCUAUUGAAGGCCAGCCUGUUAUUUUGGUGAUGACGGGACUAAGCAUGAUAAACGCAGCCAUAACAACUCAACUUCUGAUAAGCUCCUUCGACGUAAAGGGUGUGGUGCAUUACGGCAUUGCCGGGAAUGCUAACCCUAGCCUUCACAUUGGAGAUGUUGCCAUCCCUCAGUCCUGGGCUCAUCUAGCUCUUUGGAACUGGCAGAGGUAUGGACAAGGGCCUAACGACACGCUGGCCCUAGAAUCAAACGGGGACUACACGAGGACUGUUGGGCACUUGAAAUUUGCAGAUUAUACGUCCAACAUCACCGAGGGAAGCUCCUAUGAUAACCUUCUGAACAACAUAUGGUACCAACCGGAGGAAGUUUUUCCCGUUGACGGCACUCCUGAGCAGAGGCAACACAUCCUCUGGGUCCCCGUUGAUUCCCAGUACUUCCAACUUUCUGCCACUCUAGAGGGCAUGGAGCUGGUAAGCUGCUUGAACUCGACGACGUGUUUGUCGACGCAGCCGAAGGUGGUGCGAGUGGAGAAAGGAACGAGCGCGAGCAUAUACCUGGACAAUGCGGCGUACAGGACCUUCAUCUACGACAAGUUUAACGUGAGCCCCGUCGACAUGGAAAGUGCUUCCGUCGCCCUCAUCUGCCUGCAGCAGAGGGUGCCCUUCAUCGCUAUCAGGGCUCUCUCCGACUUGGCCGGCGGUGGAUCCGCUCAGUCCAACGAGGCGGACACCUUCUCCUCCCUCGCCGCCACCAACUCCGUUGCCGUCGUCGUUGAAUUUGUCAAGCAGCUGUCGCUUCAGGAGAAGUUCUCCAUGUAAUCUGUUGUGGUUGUCGUCUUGUCGAGUACGGUUCCCACUUCCCAGUAAAAUAAAGGCGCCGCUGAUCCUUUCUUCCU